GCGGCGGUAAUUUACCGCAAAGCACUGCUGGAAUUGCGCGAACGCUUUGAGCCGGGCAGCGAUGCUUACGACGAAAUUAGCGCUUCGAUUGAAGACCUUGAGCAAACCGCCAGUUCUAAACUCGGUCAAGAUUACGGGGUUGACUUUUACGAACUCAACGAAAUUAUUCACGAGUAUUCCGAAGCCAAAAUUAGCACCGGUGCUAAAGCGAUUGAAUACCUACUCAAAAACUUCGACCUUAAAAAUUCGAUUCGCCGCGUUAAAUCGCAAAUCACCCGCAUUUCGCGCGAAAUCAAGGAGAACGAAAGUUGGUACUCGGGACUAGUUCAGCAGCGUUCCAAACUUUACAAACGUCUUGAUGUACUUAACAAAUUCUAUAAAUCAGGUCAAGAUCUAACGUCAAUGAUCAUUUACAACUUGCCGAUUAUUCCGGCUGACCUACGUCCGCUGAUUCAAAUUGACGGCGGUCGCCACUCGACCUCUGACAUUAACGACUUGUACCGCCGGAUUAUCAUUCGGAACAACCGUCUGAAAAAAUGGCAGGAAAACGACGCCCCGAUUUUGAUUAUUCAAAACGAACUGCGCAUGCUCCAAGAAGCAAUCGAUGCGUUAAUUGAUAACAGUCGCAAAAAACCUUCACCGGUCAUGUCUAAGGAUAACCGUCCGCUGAAGUCGCUUUCUGAUUCUCUGUCGGGCAAAAAAGGUCGUUUCCGCCAAAACUUACUCGGUAAGCGGGUGGAUUACUCGGGUCGUUCGGUGAUCGUGGUCGGACCGGAAUUAAAAAUGCACCAGGUUGGUAUUCCGCGUCAAAUGGCUGCCAAACUUUUUGAACCAUGAAUUAUCCAGCGGCUGGUUAACCACUCGGUGGCCAGUUCGAUUAAAGGCGCUAAAAAACUAGUCGAGGAGCAAGAUAACCGCAUUUGACCUUUUGUUGAGCAAGCAAUUAAAGGUAAAGUCGUUCUGCUUAACCGGGCACCAACACUGCACCGUCUUUCCAUCCAAGCUUUUGAACCCGUUUUAGUCCGCGGAAAAGCGAUCAUGCUCCACCCGCUGGUAACCACGGCCUUUAACGCUGACUUUGACGGCGACCAGAUGGCAGUGCACGUGACGAUCGCACCCGAAGCUGUCCGCGAGGCGCGCGAGUUGAUGCUGGCUAACAAAAACAUUCUCGGUCCCAAAGACGGUGAACCGAUUAUCAACCCCUCCCAAGACAUGGUGCUAGGACUCUACUACUUAACUCAGGAGAAAGCCGGCGCCCGCGGAGAGGGUAAUUUUUACCGCUCUUACGAUGAGAUGAUCAAAGCUUACGGUCAGGGCCACAUUGACUUGGCUGCCCGGGUGGCUCUGCCGCUUGAGGCCGGACAAAAGCAAUCGCUUUUCAACCACUACGAUGAAAAGUCCUACUUAAUUGCCUCGGUUGGUAAGUUCAUUUUUAACCAAGCGUUCCCAACUAGUUUUGACUUUAUUUUUGACAACAGCAUUUUUGACAUCUACCAGCGUGCUAACCCGUACGUAGUUCGCUUUGGCACUGAUUUACGUCAGUACAUUCGCGAGUUGCCGACCCAAGCACCGCUCGCUAAAAAAGACAUUGCCAAGAUUGUGCGUUACGUGUUUGACAAGUACGUUUCAGCGAUCAGUAAGGAAGAUUUGGCCCAAGUGAUUAAACAAGUUCACGUCGGCAAUUACUACGAUACUGUCAUGCUUUUCGCGGAGUUGAAAGAUUUCAAUUCCCGCCAACUUAACCAUGUCCACGCUCAGACUUUGUCGCUAAUUUUACGCCAACGUUUUGAAGAGAUUAACCGCCGGAUCACUUUGCAAAACCAAGGCGUUGAGCGCAUUUUUGAACUGGACGAGAAAGUUGAGUUGCUUGAAAAAGUUUGGUUUGAUUACACCAACGGAGUCGCUAAGAUUUUGGACAACUUGAAAGAGUUAGGGUUUAAAUACUCAACUGUUUCGGGCGUGACAAUGUCAGCUUCGGACAUCAUGCAAUCGCCAAUUAAGGGCGCCAAAAUUAAAGAGGGCGAUCAGUACGUUAAUUCGCUUUGGAAAAUGUACAACCAGGGCGUGAUCACUAACGAUGAACGGUACAAAUUGGCAAUUGAAAAAUGGUCCCAAAUUAAAGACGAUAUUCAAAAAGAUCUAACUAACAUCAUGGACCAGCACCCGGCCAACCCGAUCUUCAUGAUUAUGAAGUCCGGUGCCCGCGGAAACAUGUCCAACUUUGUUCAGUUUGCCGGACUAAGGGGUCUGAUGUCAAACAGUAAGAAGAUGCGGCGGGGUUACGUUAAAAACCAAGUUGUGGUUCGCUCCACGAUUGAAGUGCCAGUUAAAUCUUCUUUCUUAGAGGGACUAACGGCCUACGAAUUCUACUCCUCUACCCACGGUGCUCGGAAAGGUCUGACCGACACCGCGCUUAACACGUCUAACUCCGGUUACUUAACCCGGCGUCUAGUCGAUGUGGCUCAAAACAUCGUCGUUCGCGAAGUUGAUUGCGGAUCUGACAUCGGCGCCCUGGUCAAAGAUCUAGUUGAAACGCAAACCCAGUCGGUCAUCGUUUCUCUAGCUGAGCGCGUAGUUGGGCGUUUUACCAACAAACCGAUUCACGAUGCUAAGGGUAACUUAAUCAUUGACGCCCAGCAGCUAAUUGACGCCAAGGUCGCUGACGAGAUUGUUAAGGCGAAACACAAAGAAGUGGAAAUUCGUUCGAUUUUUGGUUGCCAAACUCGCAACGGAGUUUGUCAAAAAUGCUAUGGAAAAGACUUGGCAACAAACCGGGUAGUCGAGAUCGGCGAACCAGUCGGAGUCGUUGCUGCCCAAUCAAUCGGUGAACCGGGUACUCAACUAACGAUGCAAACAUUUCACACCGGCGGCGUGGCCGGCGUGCAAGACAUUACCGGCGGCUUCUCGCGUCUGAUGCAGUUAAUUGACACCACCAAGGAUGUUUGGGAAGAUAAAGCGAUUAUUUCCAAAACCCACGGAAUCGUAACUAGCAUUCAUAACCACGAAAAAGAUUCGGGCGUGACUGUGAUCGAAGUUGAGACGACCGAACUAGAAACUCCCCAAACUUACCAGUACCAAUUUGCCAGCGCUAACCGGCGGAUUCGCGUCAAACGCAAACAAGUCGUGCGUCCGGGGCAAAAACUAGUUGAGGGACCGAUUAUUUUGAACGAACUGCUGGAAAUUGCCGGAACUAAGGCGGUUCAAAAUUACAUUCUCAAGGAAAUUCAAAAACUUUACCGCAUGCAGGGGAUCGCGAUUGCUGAUAAGUACAUUGAAAUUAUCGUGCGCCAGUUCUUAAUGAAAAUCUUGAUUAGCGAACAAGGUGAUUCCGACUUUUUUGUUGGUUCACUAGUUGACAGUCACGCCUACCGGCAAGUUAACGCUCAGUUAAUCAGUCAAGGCAAAAAACCAGCCUUCGGAGAGGUGGUCAUUAACGGAGCUAAAAAAAUUCCGCUGCUCUCUGAAUCGUUCUUGGCCGCUGCUUCUUACCAAGAAACGCCAUCCGUUUUAGUUCACGCCGCGAUAGCCAACAAAGUUGACUAUUUGGAAGGGCUGAAAGAGAACGUGAUUGUCGGUCACAAAAUUCCAGCUGGGACUGGUUCGCACAACUUUGCUCCGCGUGGUAAGUACGAUUUACGCGAUCCGCGCGACUAUUUUCAAAUCUAA